CCUCCCUCCCUCUCUCUCAGUGCUUUCAGACAGACUGUUUUGCUGCAGUGAACGGUAGCCGUGGAGAAAGGAAAAAGCAAGAAAAACAAGAAGACAGCGGAGGGCGGAACGAGAACCAAUAUAGACAGAUCCAUUGGGACCUUAGCGUGAGCGCCAGCGGGCAUAAACGGGUCCAACACUCCAGAACCGACGGAGCCGACGGGCAUCACGAGCAGCGCUUAUAACGUCAGCGCUUCGUAGAGCUUCUCCACUUCUCCUGGUCUCGAGAGGACUACUGGGUUUAACGCACUGGACGGAUGAGCGGGAUGCGCGCGAGUAAGAAUAUGACAUUCCCGGCGUUCCAGCGGGCCGCUCUCAGGGCGCUCGCGGCCUUGACGAUGCUUCUCGCGACCUCCGUUAGGAGCAACUUUGUUUUCGAUGAUGACCCCUUCCAGCCAGUGACCCAAGAUGAGACGGUGUCAGUGGGCGGGGUGGUGACCCUGACCUGCAGUGUGAAGGAAAACGAUAACUCGUCUCUCCAGUGGUCCAACACUGCUCAACAGACCCUGUACUUUGGAGAAAAGAGAGCACUGAGAGAUAACCGUAUCCAGUUGGUAAAGUCCACAGCCACAGAGCUGAUAAUCACCAUCUCGGAAGUUCAGCUGUCAGAUGAUGGAGAGUACACCUGUUCAAUUUUCACCAUGCCUGUACGGACUGCACGAGCCACAGUUACUGUACUCGCACCAGCUGCUCCUGGUGUUCCAGGUAAACCUGUGAUAACAGGUUUUGAAGAUGCUGUUCAGGAGGGCAGCGAGGUUACUCUCACCUGCACGAGUUCAGGCAGCAAACCUCCUGCUAAACUACACUGGUUCCGCGAUCAAGAGGAGAUACAAGGGCGUCCUGAUGUAGUGGAGUCUAACCCUGACGAACCGACCUACACAGUAACCAGUGAGCUCACCCUCACUGUCACUAAGCAUGAUAACAACGCUCUGAUCGCCUGUGCCGUGGAUCACCCGUCCAUUGCCAAUGGAGACAAGAGGACAGAGCAGCCCCUCAGCGUCUUGUUUUCUCCAAGCGUGUCAAUUCAGCCUGAGAGUGACCUGCCCAGAGAAGGAGAGAAGUUUUUCCUGCAGUGUUUGGGGAAUGGAAAUCCAGAACCGACUGCGUUUGUGUGGCGGAGGAAAGACGGAGAGCUCCCCCCGAUGGCAAAGGUGGAUGAUGCGUUCCUGCGCUUCGAGUCCCUCAACAAGUCGGAUAAUGGAGUUUAUGAGUGCCAGGCCGAUAACGGGAUCGGAACUGGGGACGUAACGCACACCCUUCUGGUACAAGACCAGGAAGAUUCAGACCUCUUUAUUCUCACCUCCACUCUUCCUCCAUCCUCUGCUUUUUCCACAUUUUCUCCUGAAACGUCAGUUUCAACAUCUACCCAAGACAAAACUCUUCUGCCAUUCUCAGCUACAUCAUCUUCCUCUACCUUCCCCACAUCCACUCUUACCUUUUCCUCGACUCUCCCUCCUUUUACUUCUGCUCCUUCCACUCUCCCUCCUUCUCCUGAAGUUCUCACCACUUCUCUUUCCAACGCUCUCUUCCCUGAUCUCACUCUUCUACCCUCCUCAGUUCCUGCCCGCACCCCUCCCUCACUCCCCUCCUCCUCCCCUGCCACUCCAUCAUCUGUUCCUCGGCUGAAUGGAGUGCACACCUUUACAGAACCCGGGGUGAAUGCUGAAGACCCCACAGCGAUGUCCACCUCUUCAGGAGUAGACCAUGCUGUGAUUGGCGGAGUGGUUGCUGUUAUUGUCUUCAUCAUGCUUUGUCUCCUCAUCGUCCUCGGCAGAUACCUCAUCAGACACAAAGGUACGUACCUGACUCAUGAGGCGAAAGGUUCUGAUGACGCUCCUGAUGCAGACACAGCUAUCAUUAAUGCUGAGGGUGGCCACUCUGGGGUGGAUGACAAAAAAGAGUACUUCAUCUAGAGAUCCAUCCCUCCGCACCCUCUUCCUUCAGAUGCUUCAAAAACAGGGAUGGCAGAAGAGAGAGGAUAUAUGUGAGAAAACAAAACAAAACAAGUGUUGACCUGUUGGAACUGGAGGACCUCAAAUAUGCUUCGACACACAGGACAGGGACGUGAGAGUUGACGCAUGGGCUCAUUUUUACACACACACUAUUCCUUUAUUACCAUAAUGACACAUGAGCAAACACACAAGAUGAGACGUAAACAGUAACAACAGGCAAUAUGACGGUGACCACACUUCCCUCGCCUCCCAUGAUUCCUUUCAAACGGUCCAGAUGUACUCUGGCACAUGUUGCACAGUGAUAUGUGCAUGCAUGAACUUUCAAGAUACACGGUCUGCUCCCAAAACCAUUGAAAGACAGACUCGUAAAACAGCCACGCAUGCAAACACACACCGAACAAAAAGUGUCUUAAACUGAAUACAAAAUUUGAAUGAAUUUAAACCAUUCAACCCUGCAAUAUCACUGACAGACACACACACACACACACUCAUGUACAUCACACCAAUGUUACAUUACAUCACACAUACAGAAUAACCAGGCAAAAACAGCAGCCCCUGCAACCAUUGUAUGGGACAACCAAUAUAAAUUAUAAAUACAUAUAUAUAUAUAUGAUUAUAUAGUAUCAUUUUUACUCAGUGUGCUGUAAAUAUAUCCUCCAUCUCUCUCUAACCUCACUGUCUGAUAUUGCAGUAUAUACUCUCUGAGCCUGCCUGGUUUUCGUACAUGCGUGGAAAUGCCGAGUUGCUAAAAAAAAAAAAUAUCUGGACUAUAGAAGAAAAAAAACACAUGGUGUUAUGAAAACUUCAGUAAUAUUUGUAUGAAUUACGUUCUCUUAAAGUUUGAUUUCUGGUGUUUACUGUUGGUGCAACAGUCUAGUGUCAUUUCAUCAACCUGGGAAGAUUAUUAUGAUCAUUAUUACUAUUAUUAUGAGGUCCUCAAUCUUAAUGUAUUACAUUGUGCGCUGAUGUGUCAUUGUAUCAGGCCCAGAUGUGUUGCUCACUCACGCCACCUUCAGGAAUGAAUCUCCUCUGUUCUUCAGUGGCGGGACUCUCCGAAAAAGCAGGGUAACAAACUACUGCUCUCUUUCUCUUACUGGUCAUAUUCCCACUCUCUUCCACAGUUCUCUCCUGUCUGUUCUUCCCCUCCUCUUACAGUCAUAAAGCUAGAUUAUUUCUAGACCUAUGCCAUCACUGUAACCAGAGACCAUGGUGACAUUUGGAGGGAGUUUGGGGGGUGUAGUCAGCUGCAUCAUGCAAUAAACGGAGGUGAUUUUAUUUAAUAAAAUUAUUGAAUUUAAUUAAAUCUGGCUUAUUAAAGGUGAUGUGUGUAAUUUUAAGCAUGUUAAAAACCUUCCUCCUGUCCAAUCUUAAUCUGCGAAUAGACUGUAAAUAAGCCAUUUGUAGGUUGAUUUCCUGUGGCACUCUCAAAACAUUGCUCUGUUUGUUUGAGCAUCCUGACCUCCCGACUUACUGUAUAACUUAGGCUCAACCUGUGGCAUUCAGUCUGAUUCAGUUUGGAGGCGCUCAAAUUACACACUUUACUUUCAAAUGUGUUGUAUGUAAAUUUCUUGAAAUGCAUGAAUUCUGUUUCGCCAUGAAUCCAGUUGAUUUUUGCCUAAUCUGUACUGGUCUGGUGACAGAUUUGAUUACAGAAAAAUGGCCAGUUGUCAUAUCUGUAUCACGUAUUCCUUUUCAAAAGCUGUUUUCCUAGAGGAGAAGGUUGGAAUGGUGACUUAGGGGUUGAGCUGUGGUGUUCAUACAAGUGAUGUGUGUUUGAAUCUGGCUUGUGACACUUUUCAGUUCCAUUCCCCUGGACUCUUCACAAUAUUUCUUGUCUUAAACAUGGCAAAUGGUCAAAAAGUAGAAUGAUAUUCAAAUAGUGAAAUGCACGUUUUAAUGAAAUGUAAUUUGGCCCCAAUGAAAGGGACCUUUAAAUCAGUUUAGGUAUGUUUUUUGUUCACGUGGGAUGAUAUGGUCAUGCGUUUAAUGCAUAUGUAUGUCACAACUAAGUAGUAACUGAUCGAUUACAACUAAAACCAAUCCUCUACCUUCAGACUCCCUCAACAUACCUCAUUCAUGCCAGCAGACAAUGAGUUUCUGAGAUAAGCAGUUCAAUCGACUGCCACAAGAUGGCGAUAAUGCAUUUAUAAUCCCACACAUCUCUAUCUCUCUCUCUCUCUCUCUCUCUCUCUCUCUCUCUCUCUCUCUCUCUGUCUCUGUCCUUUACAAGCAGUAGAACUUUCAGUUAGCUAUCAAUCAAAUCAGUGCUUAAUUUUAAAUUAUGUUGUUUACUUUUAUUCUGCUGUAGAUGUGAAUACUGUCGUUUGUAAUUUUACGUUCUUUUUUUAAAUAAUUUUUUUGAUGCUAAAUUUCUUAGACUGGAAGAAGGUGUAGAUUAUAGUUUCCAUGACUUUUGUUUUUGUUUAUAAUCUGUAAUUUUUUUUUAUGAUUUAAAUGUGAUUAGUGUUGCCUUGAACAGUCCACACACUCAAGUGAGCACAGACACACAUGUUGCGUGUGUCUGUGUUUACACGCGUGGAAGAUUUUCACACUGGCCCACCAAAACAGAUGCAGGAAACACUGAAAGUGUUAUUACGUUUUGUUUAUGGAGUUAUGUUAGAUUCAUUUUUUUUUUAAUGAUAAGUCUUCCUUUAGAAUAAAUAUUCAUAUCAUGUGGAACUAUUCAUGUGUAUGUUGAUUUGUAUUCUGGCUGAUGAUGUCAUCUGAACGGGACUGAACUCUUGAGAUCAUCAUCAUUGUGGGUUCUGUUUGUUUGAUGGUCUGUUUAGACAGUAUUUGCUUUUUGUUACAAAAAGAGAUCCCUUGUUAACUUCAAAAUAAAUAUACAUUUGGGUUAACCUAA